AAUGCACAUCUUCAGUUUGAUGCCAACCGGCAACCGCCAUUAACCAUAUCUAUGCCAAUAACUACACAAUAAGAAGAAGAAGAAAGAAGAAGAAGAAGAAAAAAUAAGAAAUACAUAUAAAGUACACGUCUAAGGCUUCUGGGCUAUCAAAACUAGGCAGGGACUGAAUUCAGAGCACCGACUUUUCAGAUUUAAAUAUGGCAGUGGAACGACGACAAACCCAGCAGAGUCCUCCACGAAGGGCUUCAUACAGCAAAGAGCCCCACCUUCGGUCACGCUCACCUGUUUUUUUGCGUGACGGACGCCAGCCCCAGGGCAGCCAUGAUGGAAGAGACCCUGGUAGAGAGCCCAGACAAGGAAGCCACUCUCGGGAUCCUGCUUAUUAUCGGUCGGGGAGCAGAGAUAAGGAUCUAAGGAGUGCCCCUCGAGAUCCUGCACUCAGAGCUGAGUACGACAGGUUCAUUCGUGGUGGCAAUGGUGGCGAGGACUGUUACAGGAGGAAGGAUGAACGCUACAGGGAUCCAUAUUUAGAUCCCUGGAAUGGACGUCGUGAGCCAGAUGAUCGAGCUCGACCAGAGGAGCGUCGUCGUGAUGAACUUUAUCGACAGUACUAUGAAGAACUCCAGCGGCGUUACAACACUGAGCGUCCUGUUGACUGCUCUGUGAUUGUUGUCAACAAGAUGCAAAAUAGGGAGUAUGCGGAGACAGUCGGGAGGAAAAUCCGGGAUUUGGGAAUGGUGGUGGAUCUGAUUUUCCUCAACUCAGCAGUGUCUCUUACUCAGGCUCUUGAGGAUGUCAGCAGAGCCCGUACUCCUUUUGCCAUCAUUAUUACCCAGCAGCAUCAGGAGCACCGCUCUUGCACUGUUAACAUCCUGUUUGGCACACCUCAAGAGCAUCGCAACAUGCCAAUGCAAGACGCCAUGCUGCUGGUAUCCCAUAACUAUGACAACUACAAAGUUGAAAACCGUGAAAACCAACGGGAAGAAAUUGCGAGAAAAGCUGCCAAGAUGGCGGAUGACGUGUUACUUCGAGAGCCAGACAGAGAGAGCCAUCCCACUUCAUUACUCACUUCCAUCACACUGCUCUCUGAAAACAGGUUUUUAACUCCAGAGGAACUGGAGCGUCUCAUUGCAUACCUACAGGACAAAAGAGCUCGACUUGUUCGAGGCUCAGCAGAUUCUGUUGCAGCUCCAGUCCACGUCGGAGCUUCUGCAGGAGUGCGUCAUGAUGCCCCACCAUUGUCUGCAGCACUCCCCUCUCCAUCGACUCGUGCUCCUACGUCGUCAAGUCAUCGGUCAGCUGAUUCAAGUGCUUCAACUAAGCCGGAUAAUCAGCAGGAGCUUCAAGCUAAAGUCCUCAGUCUGUUUAACAGCAGCUCUGGGCCGUCACAAGGAAGCAGCAGUGGAACUGCUUCUUCUGGUGCCCCCCAGCCACACCCCUAUGGCUCUCUUGGUCCUUCUCAAAACCCCUCUCGUCCAUCUAUGUCCGGUCCUCCAUCUGCAUCCCAGAGCUACAACUCCCAACCAGGCCGUAUGCCAAUACCUUCAGCUGAUCAGAGACCCCCUAUGGCAACUUCAGGGAUCAAUUUUGACAACCCUAGUGUCCAGAAUACUUCUGUCACAUUUUUUCAAAGUGGACCAUCCCGCAAUAGUUUUGUAGGUUCUGGAUCCACUCAGCAACCACCCCCAAGAGCAGCACCCAACAUGGGCCAGGGCCCACCCAUGUCAAUGUAUCCUCGUCACUACUGACGAGCUGUAAUGGAAAUAUGUACGGUUCUGCUCUCCUGAUAGAAGUAGACGCCACAUCCUUGUCUGAAUAAACGAUUUACAAGUUUUGUAAUGUUAAACUUUAGAGACAAUUUGUAGAAGUUUUUAUUUUUCCUCUCAUUAUUGUGUUUGUAAACUUGGAUAAUUUACUCAGACCCAACUAAUGGUCUGUUUUCAAAUGUUUGCCUGCAGAAUUUUAUUGUCUUUUUACGAGUCAGUUAAGCAAUGGGCUUAUGAAGUACCUUUUGGUUUUUCAAUCUGUUAGGUGUUUUAUAGUUUUGUGCAGUGUAAUUUCAUUUGUACUUUGUUGGCAUUGCCCAAAUCAGACAAAAUUUAAACCUCCAGACACACUUGCUGUAAUAAAAUUAUUUUGGUUUAUUA